AUGCUGGAGCGAUGGCUGAAAGAUAACACCAGCUGUAGGAUGAAGCUUACUGUCAGGGGUCUGGAGAGUGUGGAAGGACUGGAUAGAAUGAAAGCAUGAGAACGGAACGCUUUGCUGCAGCUCUCCCAGUUGAAUAUUUGACUGAUGAACUCUGAGAAACAUCUCGUACAGGACAGUACUGGAGAGGAGUGCUGCUACAACAGUGAUUGAGCAGAACAAGAAGGGAAUGAGACUAGCUGUACUGGGCACAGUGGUAUCAAGAAGCCUGUUUUCUGGGGCGGCAGACAGCGUUCCCCAGAAGAAUAAGGAACCCUACAUGACGUUUGGCUGUUCUCUCUUGUUUUUGUUUUUUAAGGAACUUGAAGUAAAACAAACAUUGCUGCUGGUGUCCCUUAUCAGCUUGUUAUUUGCUGACUUGGAACCUUGCCAUCAACCUGCAAGGUGAGAGAACGGUACCUCUGAAAAGCUGAAGAAGUGCAUUGUGGGCCUCUGGCACUAAUUAUUCAUAUUCAUUACCAGUAAAGCGAUUAAUGAUCACUUGCAGAUCACUUUAAAGACCAGCUUGACUGACACAUGCUGUCUGUCUUCAGUAACUGUCAGAUACAGUGAACUAUACUCUUAUGUUUGCCUCUGCACUAGAGCGUUCGCUUAUCCACUAACACCGAUCAUACAUUGAGGACCUGCUGAUUUACCGCAUCUACCUCCUGCAUCUCCCCAGAAAGACUGGCAAGCAGAAUGCUGCAGCAUUCCUCAGAAGCGGGAUUGGUUACCCUGCCCCGCACCCUGGCGAUCUGGCCCCCUCUAGACUUUGCGCUGGGUGCUGCAGCUUGCUGUGGGGCCUGUGUGUUCACCAACCCUCUGGAGGUGGUGAAGACCAGGCUGCAGCUCCAGGGCGAGCUCAGGGCCCGCGGCUCCUAUCAGAGGCACUAUCACGGCGUCCUGCAGGCUCUGUGGGCUGUCGCCAAGGCCGAUGGGCUGCGCGGCCUCCAGAAGGGGCUCUCCGUGGGCCUGCUCUACCAGGGUGUGAUGAACGGAGUCCGGCUCGGCUUCUACUCCUACUCUGAGGCUUCAGGUUUCACCAGGGCUCCUGGGGGCAGUCUACUUGCUGGGGCCACUGCUGGGGCACUGGGGGCCUUUGUAGCCAGCCCUGCCUACCUGGUGAAGACGCACCUGCAGGCCCAGACAGUGGCAGCCAUCGCCGUGGGGCAUCAGCACAACCACGUGGGUGUGUCCAGUGCCUUUGUGAGUAUCUACAGGGCGCAGGGGAUCGUGGGGCUGUGGCGGGGGGUGAAUGGAGCCGUGCCUCGGGUGAUGGUCGGCUCGGCUGUCCAGCUCGCCACCUUCUCCAGUGCCAAGGAAUGGGUCGUCAGCCAGCAGUGGUAUAAACAAGACAGCUGGCUGGUGGCUCUCAACGCAGCCAUGCUCAGCGGGGUUGCUGUGGCGAUCGCCAUGACCCCCUUCGAUGUCGUCAGUACGCGACUCUACAAUCAGCCGGUGGACAAGCUGGGCAGGGGUCAGCUCUACCGGGGGUUCCUUGACUGCUUUGUGAGGGUGUCCAGGAAGGAGGGUCUUGUGGGGCUCUACAAAGGAAUGGGGCCCUCCUUCAUGAGACUGGGUCCCCACACUGUAAUCAGCAUGCUCCUGUGGGACCUGCUCCGACACACAGCCUUCCAAUACGAGGGCUGAGGGAGCGGGACUGGGAGCAGCAGGGGGCGGAGUUAAUCACUGCACAAUUCCAGGGAGGGCGUGGCUAAAAUACCUGAACAGGAGGAUGUUAUUACUGCAUAACACCAGAGUGGGUGGGGCUGCUGUUAAAUACGGGCAGAUUAUUUUAAAGGGCCAGGGUUGAAAUGCACAAGGGGGGGAGAAACUCUAAGAGAGGUUGGGCUAACUGGGAGCCCUGCAGAAUACCUGGGGUGAAGCGAGGCACUCCUUGUGGGCAGUUCUACAUGGAAAAGGAGAGGUACUUUACAACUAGCCAAUAGCUGAUGAGCCCCUGAACUCAAAAUUAGAUCUGUAGUUAUUUCCGGUACCAGAAACACCAUCUGAAAAUAAGGAGAUUUAAUGGAACUUGUUGUAGAUUCAUUAUCCAUCUACUGUUGAGAGUAGAGAUGGGAGAGAGCUUGCCUCACAGCAUUACAAAGUGGCAGCUGUAUCUCCACAACAAUCAGGGAAGAUGUGAAAAUGAAAGGUAAUGAAAUGGGCAGUGUUCAAGUGAUUUUAGAUAAGAAAGGGGGGGGGGGGGGUUACUAUAAACAGUGUUUACACAGAAUAGACUUGGUGGAGAGACUGUCCUUCAGGGGAAUACUUUGAUCUGUGCCUUUUUUUUCCCUGUUUUUUACUUUGCUGAAUGUAAACUGAAUUGUAAUAAAUAAAUGAUG